AUGAAUUUUAUCCAAUUCAAGGGAUUUCUACAAUCGAGUGUUGCUGAAGAGAAGAAAUAUAACACACGAUUAACGAAAAAUUUCGAUGAAUUCCUCAACAUUAUGAAUAAUUUGAAUCUUUCAUAUCCGAAACAAAUUGAUAAGUCUCUACCAGCCAACAAAGUGUGUGGUGUCUAUGAGCUUAUGGAUGAGGAGACCCGGAAACUGGUCAGUGAAGGAGCAGCUGGAAAGCAAUAA